AAAAUGCCACCUCCCAAAAUAAAGAGCAAAGAUUGCAUUAGGAGCGAACAGCGCUGCAGAAAUAGAUGGCAGCUUCGUGUCAGUGAGUUUGCAUCCCCCUUCCUGAUCCACGAGCUGGAGUGAUUAGAGCCCUGGAAGGGAAUUGUUACUCCCGUGAAGUCCCCUUUUCCUGGCAGCCGUCUGCACUGUACACGCUGGAUGCCUCUCUCCAUCCACCCCACUCAGUCUCUCCUCUCUCACCUCCUCUCUCCCUCUCUUCUGCAUUGAUUUUUUUUUUUUUUUCCUUUUUAGUUGACUGAAACAAAACAAAACAAAAGGUCCACUGGAUGUCUGCCUCCUUGGGGGGUGAGCCAGACAGACUGACAAACAAACAGACCCAACUGUGUUUGGGGGAGGGUUUCUCCUCCCGUUUUGCCCGGCAGCAGCAGCAUGGACGUGUUGGCUAGUUAUAGUAUAUUCCAGGAGCUACAACUUGUCCACGACACCGGCUACUUCUCAGCUUUGCCAUCCCUGGAGGAGACCUGGCAGCAGACAUGCCUUGAAUUGGAACGCUACCUGCAGACGGAGCCUAGGAGGAUCUCGGAGACCUUUGGUGAGGACUUGGACUGUUUCCUCCGUGCUUCUCCUCCCCCGUGCAUUGAGGAAAGUUUCCGGCGCUUAGACCCCCUGCUGCUCCCUGUGGAAGCGACCAUCUGUGAGAAGAGUUCGGCAGUGGACAUUUUGCUCUCUCGGGACAAGUUGCUAUCUGAGACCUGCCUCAGCCUCCAGCCAACCAGCUCUUCUCUAGACAGCUACACAGCCGUCAACCAGGCCCAGCUCAACGCAGUGACCUCAUUAACGCCCCCCUCGUCCCCUGAGCUCAGCCGCCAUCUGGUCAAAACCUCACAGACUCUCUCAGCCGUGGAUGGUACAGUGACGUUGAAACUGGUGGCCAAGAAGGCUGCACUCAGCUCCGUGAAGGUGGGAGGGGUGGCAACAGCAGCGGCAGCCGUGGCGGCAGCUGGGACAGUUAAGAGUGGACAGAGCGACAGCGAGCAAGGAGGUGUGGGGGCUGAGGCGUGCCCCGAAAACAAGAAGAGGGUUCACCGCUGUCAGUUUAACGGGUGCCGGAAAGUUUAUACAAAAAGCUCCCACUUAAAGGCCCACCAGAGGACUCACACAGGUAGUGAGAAGCCUUAUAAGUGCUCAUGGGAAGGGUGUGAGUGGCGUUUUGCACGAAGCGAUGAGCUCACAAGGCACUACAGGAAACACACAGGUGCAAAGCCCUUUAAAUGCAACCACUGCGACAGGUGUUUUUCCAGGUCUGACCAUCUUGCCCUCCAUAUGAAGAGACAUAUCUAAAAAACCUAAAGGCCACAGUUGCCAUGGCACCGGCCGUUGUCUGAAGGAGAUGCCAUGAGGCAGGGGGCUGGACUUCAGGCGGGGACCCAUUGCCUCGCAGAAGAAAGUUCUCACUUAUUAAACCUCUGUGUACACACACGCCCAGACACACACAGACGCACACACGCACUCACACAUAGACACACACACACGUGCACACACAAACUGUCAUGCACUCAGCUAUAUUUAAAAUAUAUACGUCUAUUCUUUAUGCCUUGCCCUAGCCAGAUGGUAGAAGACGAAGAAGAAGGAAACCAGGUGAACUCAGCAAGGCAGUCUGGCUGCUUACUUCAGCACUAUUGGAAUUAUUUCCCGCUGUUGCCAAUGGAAAUCAAAGAAAAUGGAUGUGACGUCUCUGCAGGAGGACGGCAGUAAGAGGGGCUUAUUUAACUUGCUUCUCAGUGCAACUUGAUAGGAGAAUACAACGUCUUAAAGUUGCAUAUGUGUAGCACUAAUGUUUCUUUUUAAAUAGUUGGGGGAAAAUGACCUAGAAAACCAAAUUGCAGUUUGGUAGCCAAAAUUAACUCUUGGUUUAUUUGUCCUUUGUGUGUGAAAAGUCCUACUAUUCUGUGCGUCCGACUUCCUCACAGAACUGUUGAUCAGUUUUGGUUCUUCUUAGUACUAUUGAGAUCUAUCCAGUUGAUACCAACGGCCUUAGUGGCGGCAGACUCUGGAAUAACUCCUUACACCUUUCUGGCCUGCAUUUCUCUAGACUUCACUCUCCAGGGAGGAGUUUUCUUUUCUUACUUUUUGACUCUCUUGCACACCAUAUGCACUAGGGAUUCUGGAAACUUCUAGCAUGACUGCAAAGUGGCCAAGAGAAUAAAGUCCUUGAUGAUAAAUCACAGUAUAUCCCUUGAGCCUCACCUUAUUGCCAGUGCUAGAUUUUUUCUUUUUAAUCUCUGUUUUUUGCUAACGAAAACUUGAAAAGCUUAUUUGGAAGCUUAAAUGUUUUAUCUUUUCUCCAUGGACUAAACCUCUCCAGGACUCUCUCUCGGCACCUGGAUGUCCAGCUCUCGAAGCAGCCAAUCAGAUGGGACAUCACACUUUUCUCAUCCCCCUUGAGGCAUCCUGACCUCAGCUUACAGUGAUCAACCCUGUGCUGUAUGUCAUUGCUACCCUAUAACCAGUUUCAGCAUAGAUGUUGCUAGUCUCAAAGGGCAGCUGCAUAUUUAACCUAACUCUGGGUUACGACCUGACAAAAAGCCAAAAAUAUCACUCUUUCCAGGAGUGGGGAGAACAGAGGAUGCCUCCCAAGUCUAGUGACUUCAAAAACCAUCACCCUUUCUUCCUCUCUCAUACCCACUGAGUCCUAUCACCCCACUUGUUAAAACACACAGUUCAAAAUGCCAUUGUGGGAAUGAAGGGUGGACAUUUAAAGAAAGGGUGGAGAUAUUUCUCUCAUGCUCUGUCUAAAAAGAGAGACAUAUUUCUGAUUUUUUUUUUUUUUUUGGCUAGGCCCACCAUGACUUGUGACCUAGAGCACCCGGGAUCAACAGAGGCCUCACUCUUACUCUGCAAGCUGACGCCGAGGGGGUUACAUGCCUCACUUUCCAUCCCACACACACAAUCCAAUAUCGGCCUCCAUCUACCCGCAUUCUUAGCUAGCUGGCACUGGCCUCAACUCCAAAGACUGCCUUUAGGACCAUUAAAUGGCCUAUGCAAGCAAGCGGGGUGGUUUUAGGGCAGAUUGUAUAUUUUGUAUAUUCUGGGACCAUCCCUUCAAGACACGUCUAAAAAAACAAAAAUGGCAUUUGGUCCACCCAUGGUUGCUGCUCCUUCAUACCAGCUGGCUCCCCUCCUGCCCUCCUUGACUGUUUGACUCAUUGACUGUUAAAAUGCCACCCCAUACCUAUUUGGGGUGCAAAAGUGAAGUCUUUGAAAGGAAAUAAUAAUGUAAGAAACACAGAUACACUUAGGACAGCAACCUUCAAGAUCCUUGGCAUUUGGUUUCUCAGCUUUCUGCAAACUUUGAUUUCACUGAAAUGUUGAAACUACUCGUCUGAGGGCAGAGGAGCCUCCUUAUCACAAAUGCUGUAGCUGCCAAUUGGACACUUGGGGCAUUCUGAGGUCUGGCCCUUAAAGUUUUCUUUCCCUUUUUCCUUUUUUCAACUUAGACCAAAAAAAAAAGAAAAAAAAGAAAAAAAAAAAAAGAAAAAUGAAACAACAACAACAACAAAAAAAACAGCAAAAAAAGAAAAACCACCCUAAACACACAUACACACAAAAUCUGCCCAUUUGCCAGAGGCAAUUAUGUAUAUGUUAGUAGGAGGGUAUUUUAAAAAAUCAGUUUUAUUCCAAAGAUUUAAAACUAGACAUGACUUAGCAACCAUUUCUGGAGCACUGCUUGCUGACAAUCUCAUAGUUCUCGACUGCAUUCGAGUGCGUUUGUAGCCAGUCCAUCAGGGCGGACCAUGGGAUUAUAUUUGAAUGUGUGGUGCAUCCUUUCUCGAUGAAGGAUGUGUGAGGGACUUUGACCCUCAGCUGUAUUAGACUGUAGCGCCUCCAGUCAGUGCACUAGAUGAAACUUUAGACACCCCAGGUUUUGUUGGUUCGUUGGUUUCCCUUUCUAGAGCAGCCUCCAGCAUGACUGCACGCACACACCAGUGAUGGCAUUAGCCAUGGCUGCCACGAUUUACAAACGUUCUCUCCCCAGCUGGAGUUGCUCUUGCCUCUCGAAAUGCUAUUAUUAUUAAGGGUUUAUAAUACUUAACUUAAGUUUUGAACUGACCAAUGCAAGGCUGUAUUAAAAAGAAAGUUUGAAAAAAAUGCAAAAGAGUAAUCAUUGCUUGCUCACUCCCCGUUGUCACCUGUGGUCUUGAAAAGAUCUCAUUUGAACGUGGCAGAACAAAGGGCAUUUGGUCUCCAUCAGCGUCUGAAAUGUUCGGCAGUUUCUCUCUCUUUUGUAUCAGUGAGGUCCUUUGUAAUCUGCUCCUGACCUUUCUCGGAGCAGGGUGCACUGAACCUCGAUGGUGGGGCUGGCUUGCUUGCUUCAGGUAUUUGUUGACUGUGAGAAUUGGCCUGAGAAUAUUUGGUGGGCGCUAAGUGUAUGGCUUUGAAACUGUUCUUCUCUAGCCCGAUUGACACCUCUGAAUGAUAACCAGUCCUGUCCGUGGUGGGUGGGGUGGGGGGCAGUAGCCCCAAUCAUUUUGGAAAUGGAUUUGUGAUCAAGUGUCCAUCGUCUCUGAAAUGGCAGAGAUGGUUGGAAAGAGCCUGCUGGCAAGAACAGGCUUUCUAAGAAAUAACCUGAAGCUCGUUUGCUUCCAAGAGGACAGGUUAUUUAGAACAGUGCUUUAAUGGACCUUUGAAAUACAGUAAACCGCUUUCUCGUUUAAAUUGUUACCUCCCAACAUUCCAGGGGAUCUCAAAUUUGAAAGGAAAAAGCUGGCAUGGUGUUUCUUGUGGUUGUCCUCUCAAGCUCGGUGUAUCCAGGGUUCAGAGUUUGACCUAUAGGAAAAGAGUGUUUCGAAGCCAUUGACGGUUUUAUUUCAGUUCGUGCUUCUUUCUCCUACCACGCGGCUGUAAGUCAAAGAUGUGGAAACCUGAAAUUAUAAUGCUGCUCCUGGCUACUGGCCUCCUGCCCCAUUGACGGUUCAUUGCCCAGCUUAAUGCCUGGUGGUGAUGAUUAUUAUGUCCAGAAAAAAGAGAUGUUUGGAUUCCAUGACAGAGCUGCAUUUUAUAAAAAUAUCGGAGACCCCCAAAUGAACUUCAUGCUGACCAUUUCCGUCUCCUCUCUGUGCUCUCCCUUGCAAAGCCCUUCAAGUAUCCCCUCUCCUCCCCUCCUGCACCUCUUGUGCCCUUUUUACAUCUUUGAUAGCCUGAUGAUAACAGGGUAAAAAAAAGACAGCCAACCUCACGCAUGAUUAGCAGAACUGAUUCCUGUGUUUUAAAAACUCCUCUUGUUUGAAACUAGAAGCCAGAGAAGAUUUUUU